GGGAAACGCCAAACGGGAGAGUUAUGUAAUAUGUUCUUCACUGCUGCUGUUUACGAUUUCACUUUCAACUUAGAGUUUCAUCGGAGGAUUCCGGUGACCGGAGAAGUCAUUUCAUCGGUGAAACGAGGAGAAUCUGGUGAUGGUGCAGUGAAACGGCGUCGUGCUCUGAAGCUUGUGGAUCGAGCACUCUCGAAGCGUCAAUACAAAUCCGCUCUUUCGUUAGUUAAGCAAUUGCAAGGGAAACCCUAUGGCCUUCGUGCUUUCGGUGCCGCCAAACAGAUAAUCAAGAGACGUUCAGAAAUGGACGAACCGGAGCUCAAUAGGAAGGACAUUUUAGCCCUUCAACCAUUGGUGGUUUCGAUUCUGGAUUCAAUUCAACAAUGUCUUCAGAUAUCUUUACUUGAGAAGAUCUCUGCUGAAAAGCUACAGAGUUUAGUUGCUGAUGGUAGACAUUCUUCUCGUUGUGAAGAAGAAGAACACUUCAUUUGUGCACAACAUGAAGCUGGCCACUUUCUUGUUGGCUAUUUGAUGGGUGUUCUUCCAAAAGAAUAUGAGGUGCCAAGCAUUCAAGCUCUGAACCAAAACAGAUUUGCUGAAGGAAAAGUUUCAUUUGUUGGUUUUGAAUUUCUUGGGGAAAUUGAUUCAGUUAAGAUUUUGGGGGAAAAUGCUGAUAUCAGAAAUUUUCAUAACAGGGCAAAUGAAGGCAGAAUUUCCUCAAAGACAUUGAACCAGUUUUCAUGUGUAACAUUAGGAGGUUUAGUGGCUGAGCUUCUAGUUGCUGGAAAUUCUGAUGGCCAUCUAGCAGAUAUACUCAAGCUUGGGAGUGUUCUUACAUGGCUUGGCUUUUCAAAAUCUGAAGCUGAUAUUCAUUUAAAAUGGGCUGCAACGAACACGGCAUUCAUAAUGUCCCGGCAUUGUGAAACAAGAUCAAGACUCGCAGAGGCCAUGGCACUUGGGAAACCAAUCGGGCUCUGUAUCGAUGCAAUUGAAAACUGUUUGCAGGGAAUGGAGAUGUGAAAACUGAUUUUCUUGAUAUUUGAAUAACCAUGUCGUCGCUACUCAUCUUGUUAACAAGCAAAUGUAGUUGAGUGAAGCAAUUGUCUUGGAUGGUGGUGCACGCAAAGUGGGCCAAACCAGCAUUGUUGAUGAACUUACAAAAUGAUAAUGAAAGGUAAUCUAAAAAAUGAGUUCCAUUUGAUUACCUUUGUUGCUUACCCACAUGUGGAGUCUAUUUACAAAUAUGUAAUAAAAAAUGAGAUUGAUUGUUACAAUUAUCGUUAUUGUUAGAGUCAAAUAGUAAUGAUGAGAGUAAGUGAUAAAUUCAUAAUUCUAAAUAAACAUGAUUAGAAACAUAUUAAUUA